GCGUCCAAACACAACUGAGACAGCCUGGCAAGAUGCUGGACACGAGUCAAUUGAACGCAACCGCCGCCGCUCAGCAGUGCACGCCGGAUGGGCUGGGCAUAUGGAGCGGCCUGGUCAGUCUGCUGAUCCAAACGCUGCUGGCAGCGCAGUGCGCAGUGGCGCCACCUAGCCUGUGGCCAGCGGACUACGGCGCACAGCUGAGCAGUAAGCAGACACAAAUCGAGGAUUAUGACUUUGUUGUAAUUGGAGCUGGCAGUGCUGGCUCCGUGGUCGCCAGUCGACUAAGCGAGAAUCCCAAUUGGAAUGUGCUGGUGCUGGAGGCGGGCGGCGAUCCGCCCGUUGAGUCCGAGCUGCCCGCCAUGUUUCUCGCUCUGCAGCAUACGCACGUAAUGUGGAAUUAUUUUACGGAGCCCAGCGCGACUUCGUGCCAGGCGAUGAAGGACGGACGCUGCUACUGGCCGCGGGGCAAGAUGCUGGGCGGCAGUGGGGCGGCCAAUGCGAUGCUCUAUCUGCGUGGCAAUCGACGCGACUUUGACAGCUGGGCAGCCCUGGGCAACGAGGGAUGGAGCUACGACGAAGUGCUGCCGUACUAUGAACGCUCGGUGCGUCCCGUGGGCAAUGAGACGCAUCCGCAGGGCUAUCUGGUGCUCAGCCCGUUCGAGCGCAACGAUCCGGAGAUGCUGGAGAUGCUGAAGGCGGGCGGCGCCGAGCUGGGCGUGCCCACAGUGGCGGAAUUCAAGGAGGGCAGCUAUGUGGGCUAUGCGCAUGUGCCGGGCUCGGUGCGUGCCGGACAGCGCAUGAGCACGGGCAAGGGGCAUCUGGGCAAGGUGGCGCAGCGGCCGAAUCUGCAGGUGAUCAAGCAGGCGGAGGUCACCCGGCUGCACUUCGAUGAGGCGGGCGAGCGUGUGCAGCGCAUUAGCUUUGUGCGCCAAGGACGUGAGCACAGCGUGGGCGUGGCCAAGGAGGCGGUGCUGUCGGCGGGCGCCAUUGGGUCGCCAGCGCUGCUGCUGCGCUCCGGCGUAGGCGCUGCCGCGCAGCUGGAGGCACUGCAGCUGGAGCAGGUGCUGCAGCUGCCGGGCGUGGGUCGCAAUCUGCAGGAUCAUGUGCUGGUGCCGCUGUUCAUGCAACUGGAUGCGGGCACAGCGCAGCCCGCUGACCAGCAUGGGAUGCUGGAUGAAGUCUACGAGUUUCUGCUGCGCCGCAAGGGCGGCCUGACCACGCCCGGCACCGCUGGCCUUGUGUCGUUUAUCAACACUGUCAAUCGCACGCAGCCAAGCGGCGAUCAGCGCUAUCCGGAUGUGGAGAAUCAUCACAUAUUCGUGCAACGUGGACGCCACGAUACGUUGCAAGUGUUUCUCGCCGGCUUCUCGUUUCAGCCGCAGUACGUGCAACACUUGCAACAGCUGCUCGCCCAGUCCCAUUUGCUUUGCUUCUUUGUGCUGCUCUCGCAUCCGCAGUCCAAGGGCGAGCUGCGACUGCAGAGCGCGGACUACAAGCAGCCGCCGCUGCUGAUCAGCAACUACUUGCAACAGCCGGCGGAUGUGGCAACGCUGCUGCGUGGCAUACGCUACGUCGAAGCGCUGCAACAAACGCGCGCCUAUCGCUCGCACCAGGCGCAGCUCGUUCAUCUGCCCAUUGCCGCCUGCGAUGCCGCCCACGAGUUCAGCAGCGACGACUACUGGCGCUGCUAUGCGCGCCACUUCACCGUCACCUGCUACCAUCAGUGCGGCACACUCAAGAUGGGUCCAGCGGCUGAUGAGGCCGCUUGCGUGGACUCGCGUCUGCUGCUGCAUGGCAUGAGCAAUCUGCGUGUAGCCGAUGCCAGCGUCAUGCCGGACAUAGUCAGCGCCAAUACAAAUGCAGCCACCGUUAUGAUUGCCGAGCGGGCUGCGGAGUUUAUAGCGCAGGAUUGGGCGCAAAGCGAGUUGUCAUCCAAUAGCAAGCGUCGCCUCAAUGAGGAUCUUUAGUAGCCACUCCUUGCCCAUAUAUAUAACUAGUCGUUACCCCCCGCAUUGUGCGACCUUCAGCUAAUCAAAUUUACUUAUUGGUUGUCUAUGUUUUUUUUUUUAGUCUAAGUUAUAUGGAAAUAAAAAUAAUACACUUGCUAUAUAUACGCAGUUCCAUUUAUAUUGUCAAAAAAUUGGCCAUACCUAAUAAAAAAGAAA